AUGAAGGAAGAAAGUCGCGAUAGACGGAGAGCUUCCCGACGUACGGGGAGCAAGGGUUUGCAGGGUGACGAGACUGCCGCCCAGGACGUCUACCUUGACCACGAUUUGCUGUUUUCACAACUGUGCGCCGUCACGUACGUGGUGAAGGAGGCCUCAAGGCCAGGAUUCUACAUCAGUCAGGUGAAUACGUGUGACGGCGUUAUUCGCGUAUGGCGGCCAUGGCUGGCAGAGAAGGCGAAUCUGAAUGGUGCCGAUGAGGGUUUACACUCCAAGAUUGUCGAUUUUGACAAGUUUCUAUGGGUUGAUGUCGGCAAGAACGUUGGCCUUAGAUUUCGAGUCGUGCUUGGACCAACCGAGCGGCUGCCGUUGCUCAGUGGCCCGGGCGACGAUUCACCGGUAUCCUAUACCUUGAUCUACGAAGAAUUGGUUGUGCGAACGACCACACUGCUUAUGGCUGUGGAGGCGUCGACUGUGCAAGAGGCUUCCCCCUCAUCUAAAGCUAUCAUAAUUUCACAGAUUUAG